AUGAUGAGAUCAGCUUUCCGUGCACAGGCCCCAACCCCCCUGUGGACUUUGACACAGCGCAGCUUCUCGACCUCCACCGUCUUACGAAGGAUCAACAAAAUCUGUACCUCAGAAAACGACGCCAUUCAGAAAGUAAAGAGCGGAUCGACAGUUCUUGUCGGAGGCUUUGGCUUUUCUGGUGUUCCCGAAUCGCUUAUUGAAGCUGUUGCCGCGCGAAAGGAUCUCAAAGAUCUGACUGUCGUCUCAAACAAUGCUGGAAUGCCUGGUGUCGGACUUGGCCGAUUGCUGGAAACCCGGCAGAUUAGUAAAAUGAUAGCGUCGUAUAUCGGAGAGAACAAAGUCUUUGAGAAGAUGUAUCUGAGUGGGGAGCUUAGCCUUGAGUUGAUACCGCAGGGAACAAUGGCCGAAAGAUGCGCCUCUGGGGCAGCUGGUGUACCCGCAUUCUAUACCCCAGCGGCGUUUGGCACUGUUGGCAAGUCUGCUACCUCGCAAAGAACUGGCGAAUUACCUGUUCGAUAUAACAGAGACGGCUCUGUAGCCCUCAUGUCACGCCCUCGAGAAACGCGCGAGUUCCACGGAAAGAAAUACGUUCUCGAGGAAGCAAUCUUCGCCGAUGUCGCUUUGGUCAAAGUCCAUAAAGCGGAUAGACUGGGCAACUGCACAUUUCGUAAAGCACAGAACAACUUCAAUGAAGCUAUGGCUAAGAACGCAAAGUUGACGAUUGUUGAGGCUGACGAGAUCGUGGAAGUCGGACAAUUGGAUCCUGAGAGUGUUCAUAUUCAAGGCAUUUAUGUCGAUGUUAUCAUCCAAAGUACGAGGCCGAAGAAGAUUGAGAAGUUGACGUUUGCUCAGGAUGCCAAGAGAGAAGGCAAAGUUACGAGUACCAACCAAAGACGGGAACGUAUCAUCAAGCGAGCUUCGAAGGAGCUGAAAGAUGGUAUGUAUGUCAACCUCGGUAUCGGCAUGCCACUCGCGACACCAGGCAUGCUUCCAGAUGACUUGGAAGUCAUUCUUCAAUCCGAGAACGGUAUCCUGGGGAUGGGGCGAUAUCCAAAUCCUGGGGAGGAGGAUCCAGACCUCAUCAACCCUGGAAAAGAAACGGUGACGUUAAACCCUGGUGCUUCGACGUUCGGGAGCCAUGAGAGUUUUGGUAUGAUUAGAGCUGGGAAGAUCGACUUGACUAUGCUCGGUGCGCUGCAAGUCAGUCAAUAUGGAGAUUUGGCCAAUUUUAUGCUGCCCGGAAAGGUCAAGGGGAUUGGUGGGGCAAUGGACCUCGUGGCAAGUCCGGAGAAGACAAAGGUCAUAAUCACCAUGGAACAUGUUGACCGUAAUGGAAAUCCAAAGAUCCUGGAAGAGUGCACAUUCCCACUCACCGGCCCACGAUGCGUAUCUAGGAUCAUCACUGAUCUAGCUGUCUUUGACUGUACACCUGAGGGCCUCGUACUCAGAGAGCUGGUGGAUGAGGUUGAGAUGGAUGAGCUCAAGAGCAAAACGGGCGCGUCAUUCAGGAUCGCUGAUGACUUGAUACCAUACCAGACUUAG